UACUGGUCGUAGAAUUGUUGAUAUAUUUUAUAUUUUUCAACAAAUAAAAAAUGAUAUGCACGAUGGUGGAUUUGGGUGCUCUUUUAUGAACUCAGAGUUAGUUAAGGAGAUUCGUAAUGGAUAUUACUGUACAUGGAUAUUUAAAUGUUCAAUGUGUCUAAUAACCACCAAAAUCGAAUCAGAAAGAACCGGGACAUAUAUUCAAGUCAAUAAGGCAACUGUUACCGCCAGCAUUGGAAUUGGAAUUGGUUACUCUCAACUCAACGAGUUCUCAGCUAUUAUAGACGUUCCCUGUUUAUCAAGCAAUACGUAUGGUAAACUAUUUGAGCAAAUUAGUCAAAAUAUUGAACAGACUGCUUGGGAACAAAUGAGAUUGGCAGGAGUUGAGGAAAAACGUUUGGCAAUAGAAGCUGGGGAUAUUGAUUCAGAUGGUACACCGUUAUGUAUUGUUGUAGCUGACGGUCAAUGGGGAAAACGCAGUUAUAAAACAAAAUAUGAUGCGCUGUCUGGAGCUGCCACAAUCAUUGGUUUUCGUACAAACAAAAUACUGUUUGUAGGAAUAAGAAACCGUUAUUGCUGUUUGUGUGAAAGAGCACAUGCACUUAAAUUAACUGUCAGAGAUCAUAAAUGUUUUUUAAACUGGGAUAAAGCUUCGACUGGCAUGGAAGCUGAUGGUAUAGCCGAGGGGUUUGUAAGAAGUGUCGAAUUACAUGGUUUGAAGUUUAAUAGAUUAAUUGGUGAUGGAGACAGUAGUGUUUCGAAACGGUUGUUGGAAUUAGUUCCCUAUGGCUCUCAUCAAUUAGUUAAAAAAAUAGAAUGUCGUAACCACAUUUUAAGGAAUUACAGUACCAAAUUAUCAGCUCUAACAAAAAUUAUAAAAUAUCC